UUUUUUUUUCCCUUUCCUUCCUCAAUCAAUGGCUUCUUCUUCUCUUUUCUUCCAGACUCGCUCCUCAGGUAUUAUGUCAAUGGAGACUUCUUUAUAAUACUAAACGCAUGGGUUAUGUGUGAUCGUUUUGAUUAUAUUUUCAUUCUGUUUUUUCUUUGUGUUGUGAUAGUAAUGGGUGAAAGAAAUAAUGAGAAUUCGGCAGAUAUUGAUAAUGAAUAUCCAAAAGAUUUGUUACAGAGAUUUAUGGCGGGAAACCAUUUCCCAACGGAAUUUGCAGCGAAAACUGAGGAAACAGAAGAAGAUGAUGAAGAGAUUGAAUUAAACUUAUCAUUAGGAGGUUGUUUUGGUGUAAACCCAAGUGAGAAAAAGAGGUUGAUGAGGUCAUCGUCAAUAUCAGUAUCAGGAUUAAGUAAUCUGUUUAAAGAUGAAAAAGAAGGGAAUAAUUCUUCAUCAGCAGCAUCUUUGAUAAGAACAUGUUCAUUGCCUGUAGUAGUAGCAACAGAAGAAGAAAGAAGGAAAAGAAAAGAGUUACAAUCUUUAAGAAGAUUAGAAGCGAAAAGAAAGAGAUCAGAGAAACAAAAGAAUUGUACUAGGGUUAACAAUAAUAAAGAUUCUCAACAAGAGAAGAUGCAACAGCAGCAACAAGACAAUAAUAAGCAAAAGAAUGGACUGUUUUCUUCUUCAUCAAUGGCUAUAUCUUUUAGGGGACCAAAUUGGGGUUCUAAUCCUUCUCUUGGUAGGAAUAUUGAUAUCAAUGGUGUUCCUCCGCCAGCACCAUCACCAGUUUCAGUUUCUAUGAAUUCUCAAGCUAGUAGUUCAUCGGGUGGUUCCGAUGAAAUCCAUGGUCGACCUGUCCCAGGAUUGAACAGUAGAUCUGAAAUGAGAAGCCCAAUGAGUUCUCAAUCUUUUAAAGAACACAUUGAGCAAAAACCAGUUAUGCCUCCGGCACCAACCACGCCUUCAGAAAAACCGAGUAGCGGAACGGAUGUCAAGAUGGAGAAUACAUCUUAUAGCCCUCCUAAUAAGGUAGCAGAAACCGGCUCAAGGGAAAUGGGAAUGAAAAUGAUGGAGGAAAUGCCUUGUGUGUCUACGAAGGGAUAUGGACCUAAUGGGAAACGUAUAGAAGGAUUCUUGUAUAAGUAUCGGAAGGGUGAGGAAGUAAGAAUAGUUUGUGUGUGCCAUGGUAGUUUUCUCACUCCAGCAGAGUUCGUAAAGCAUGCUGGAGGCAUCGACGUGACACAUCCCCUGAGGCAUAUUACAGUCAGUCAAACCCCUUCCUUUUAAGAUUGUGUUUCAUAUUUUCUCUUGAAUUGAAGAGUGAAGAAAGAAGCAAGUUUACUUUAGCUAAGAUUGGUUGAAGAGUAGCUUUUUUAGAGGCUAGUUUUGAUUUCUUUCCUUUUUUUGGUUAUAUUAGGAGGCUUUGAGUGUGUACAGUGAAAUACGAGUUAAUAGGAAACAUUUAGUAGUGAGGAUGGUUAUAGUUGAAAUAUUAUUGAGAAAACAAGUAUUAACUUCACCAAUCAACCUCUUAACAAUUUUAGUUUCUUCUCUUUUUCUUUUUUUGUGGAUGCAAAUUGAAAAUUUCCAAAGGCAUUUGGAUACUUUUAAGAGAAUGUAUAUAUAAACUUAUUGAAUA